UUUACGAGCUUUUGUAUCUAAACUCUAAUUUAGUAACAUGAAAUACCAAACAACAAAAGCCGUUUAAUUUUCGAGCCAAUCUUCAAUAAAUGUUAUCAGUUAUUUAUUCAGCAUGAUUUAUUUUUCUAUUUUGAAGCAAAUGGAUGAAAAGAAAUUUCAGUAUGGCAUUUGAAAAUCAUCUAGCUAUGAAAUUAAGUGCAUGGUGGAGCGAGAAAAUGAGAAAACAACGCAAAAGAGCAAGUUUGGCUGGGAGCCAUUUUUGGGACAUUAAAGAUGAAGAAGGAAGAGAAAUAAUAUAUGAUUGGUCUCAAGAAAGAAGGCUUAAAUCGUCAACAAAAAUGUUAUACUACCGUGAUUUUCUUAUUUACACCUUCACUCCCGAAACAAUAAAAAGUUUUUUUCAAAAUUUUAACUUUAUGGUACUAAUCCAGAUGGCAAUGGCGGCUAUUUCUAUCUAUUUGUCUAAGUAUUUUAAUUUAACUUUCAAUGUUAACGUUGGGUUAUUUGUAUCUCCUAUUGUUUUUCCUUUAGCAUUUGCAAUUAAUGCUGAUUUUCAAAGACGCGAAAAAGUUUUAGACGACUUAGCAAAUUUUAAAGCCGCAGGGUUGUCAUGGUUUUUUUGCAUGCGCGAUUGGAGAGAAGCAGCGUUUUUAGAUAUAAAUUGGAUGCAUGCUGUCCAUCAAAAAAUGAAAAGUAUGCUUUUUUACUUGAGAGAAUAUCUUCUAACGAAUAAAAGUUCACGUCGAAAAGUCAUACUGAAAGCAUUGUAUGAAGAUUUUAGUGACGCCAACCAAUUGAUUGAAAGUUUACGAAAAAGUCAGUUACCAACCAAUGGAGCACUUGUGUCUAGAUCUCUUACUCUGCUUAGUUCAUUAUGUUUAGCAUUUGAGCGCCUACGAGUGAUUCGCGAGUACCGAUCUCCGAGAUCUAUUCGUUCUUUUAACAAAGUACUCAUUUUUUUUUUACCUAUUGUCCUAUCUCCAUACUUCGUUUUUGAAGGUAAGAAGUCAAAAAAUGAGUGGUCACCUUAUUAUGUUUCUGUACUAGUGGCGUUUGUCUUUUCUGCUCUGCAAGGUGUUCAAGACAAACUCGAUGAUCCAUUUGACGGAAUGAGCGAGGAUGACAUUAAUUUAUCAACAAUUGAUGAUUGGACUUUUGAAUCUUUAGAAGCUGUUGCAAACAGAAGCUUUGUGAUUGGAAGAUUUCGAGUGCAUACCCAAAUCGACGAUGCAACCCCAAAAAGGAUUUCAAGAAGUUCUUUUAAUGCUUCGGCUGACCAAGUAGAUAAAUCCAUAACAAUAAGAAAAAUUUCAACAAGAUAUACUUCAUUUUCUGGUGAACAAAAACACAAAAACAGUUUCUUUGAACAUCCAUUAAUACGAUCAGGUUCACGAAGAAGCACAUUUCAAAAACAAUUUUCUAGAAAUGAAACUGGUAUAGAUUCCAUUAACUUAGAAUCUCAUCCAUAUGCAAACAUUUUAGAAAAAAUACAAGGUAACACAAAAAUAUACCCUGGUGGAAUCACCAGGCCUGCAGAUAAUUACACAGCUCCCAAUUUAAAUUCAAUAGGAGAAGAUAAUGAGGCUCAGGUAGAUCAAAUACAAGUAGUUCCUGUGGAUAAUAUGAAAGUUGAUGAAAAAAAUUUUAAGAGUCAUUAUUUUGAUUCUAGUGAGUCGCCAAAUAGUUCCCUGCGUCUAAAUUUAAAUCUACCAAAGAGAAAAAAACGCUAUUUCAAAUUAAAAAAAUCUUCUCAAAGUUCAAAUGAAAAAAUCCGUUUUUUAAAACCAGAUGAUAAAAACAGUAUUUAUAGUGAAAAUUUUGUAGUGAUUGACAGCUUAAAAGAUAGCAAGUCAAACUCUGACAUGGAGGACAGUGUCUUCGACGAUGUUAGUACAUAGUUUUAAAAAAAUCAAAAUGCAAUAUAUUUAUAUAUAUAUAUAUAAUAAAUUUUAAUAUAAAUAUUUUUAAAUAUAAAUAUAGAAUAUUUCUCAUUUUGUA